AUGGUCUCUGCCCCACCCACCUCCGUUACGACCAAGGCAGUCACAACGAAGACGAUCGUCCCCAACAGCAAGGAGGUCGACGCCAACAAUCUCGUCGUCGGCCAGUGGAAGGCCGGGAUCUUUGACUGCUUUACGGACGUCCUUCCCAACUGCUGCAUGGCCUACUGGUGCCCGUGCGUCUCGCUCGCGCAGGUCGUGCACCGCAUCGGUUUCGGUGCGUACACAACCGCGCUCGUCCUUUUCGGUCUUUUCUACGCGGUCACCUACGCGGCAUCGGUGGUUGCUGGACAGUUCGCCACGUACACGAGCCAAGGCAAC